ACACAAAGUAAAUAUUAUGAUUCUUUGCGAUCAAAAAUUUUGAGAGUCCUUUUUAAAAAAUGCGAUUGAUUAGACUAUUACAAAGAUUAAAGGUCACUAUAAAAACGCCAAACACAGUGUCGAAACGACCUUACUGUGAUAACGUGCCUAAGCCGCUCCGUAGUUUGAAACCCAAGUCUACUAGAGAUACAGUUCAGCAUUAUGUAGAUUCCUUUCGCGUUAGGACUGUCGGAGGAAAUGGAGGUGACGGCUGCAUAUCCUUCCUAAGUGUAUGGUGUAAAGAUCACGCCGGUCCGGACGGUGGCGAUGGUGGAAAUGGAGGUCAUGUCAUAUUUAAGGCAACAAAUUCUGUACGAAGUUUAAAUCAUUGUAAAGCAGUCAUACAAGCGAAGCCCGGAGAGAAAGGAUUCAACAAAGACUGCAGCGGCAAGAAUGCUGGACACGUCAUUGUCAAUGUACCAAUAGGUACAAUAAUAAAAAACCAAAAUGGUCAAGUGAUUGGGGAUUUGGACAGGGAGGGGUUGAUGUUUGUUGCGGCGCGGGGUGGGGCGGGAGGUAGAGGAAACAAAUUUUUCCUCACGGACACAGAACAGGCUCCGGACAUAGCAGAGUUCGGGGCUGCAGGCGAAACAAACAUUUACCAUCUGGAGGUACGCUCACUGGCCCACGUCGGGUUGCUGGGGUUCCCGAAUGCCGGGAAGAGCACCGUGCUGAGAGCCAUAUCGCGCGCGCGGCCCAACGUCGCACCGUAUCCCUUCACGACGCUGAAGCCGCACAUCGGCACGAUACUGUACGACGACUACGAGCAGGUGGCGGUGGCCGACCUCCCGGGGCUGAUCCCUGGCUCACACAUGAACUACGGCCUGGGUAUACAGUUCCUGCAGCACGUGGAGAGGUGCCGAGGGCUGGUUUUCCUGCUGGACGGUAGCUCCUCGCCCGGGGACCAGCUCCGCGUGCUGCGCCGUGAGCUGCGGGGGUACAGCGCCGCACUGGCGCACCGACCGGCCCUGCUCGUCGUCAACAAGAUAGACUUGCCCGAAGCGAAACGCAACUACGAGCUCAUGAGGAAUGACUACGACAAUGUCAUCGGCGUGUCGGCCAAGUACGGGGUCAAUCUGCAGCAACUGCUGGCCGCCAUCAGGGCGAUAUACGAUGAGAAUGAUUUUCGUGAAUAAAUGGUUUUGUUGAAAUUGUU